GCUCCAACAAUGGCACCAAACGAUGAACUCGAAGCGCGGGCAAGAUUCCUCCAAGAGGCUGCUAACCUCCUCGCCGUCUCUUCUCCAAAGGCAGCAGCAUUCAUUGGGAGGGCACACCACAAGUUUAUUGAAGAUGCUGAGAUCGAAAUUCCAAGUAAAGAAGCCGAUGCCUAUCGACGCAGCAUUUGCAAUGCUUUCCAAGCACUUCGGCACAAAGCACGCAGAAAGAAUCAGAAAUCAGCACCUGUAUUAGAUGCAGGGCCCAUUCCAACAUCGAAGAACCCGGCAAAGGAAGUCGACAACGCGCCCAAGACACUGAAUGCCAGCAGCAAGCAAAGACAAAAGGCACGCAAAGGCGGUUUGCAAGCAAUGCUCGACAAAAAGAAGUCGCAACACUCGGCCAGUGGCGGCCUCGACCUUAUGGAUUUUGCCAUGUGA